AUGGACAUACUCAGGAGCUGCCGACCAACGGGGUUGAACGGUUACAGCCUGCACUCGCCCUACUUCAAUCUGGCUGGCACCAAGAUCACUGCUACGGUGACCUGCGGGGAGGACAACAGCGGCAGGACGGUGUCAUCAUUCAACCUCAAUGAAAAGGACUGGGCUGAUGCAGAGGUUGCCUGCGUUGCUGUUGGUGGGAAUCUGGCCUCCAUCCACACCGAAGACCACUACAACUUUGUGAAAGGUUUGAUUAAAACCUCAGCUGGCACAAAUAAACAAACCUGGGUUGGAGGCACUGAUGCAGUCAAGGAGGGUGUGUGGCUGUGGAGUGACGGUUCCAAUUUUGACUUCACGUUCUGGGGACCAAGGCAGCCUGACAAUGCCGGUAGAAGUGAAGAUUGUAUGGCGCUGGUCAAUAAGGGUGUUGCCAAUGACAUGCCCUGUACCCAGAAGAAGUCGUACAUUUGUGGCAGAGGCCUGUGUGGACGUCGCACCCCUGCUAGUGAUGGCCGUUUCUUUUCAAUUUAAUAAACACAAUUUUCAGCAA